AUGACGGGUAUCACCCGCCUUCGCGAAGCUAUUGUCAAGCACAAGGAAAACAAAGAUAUCAACAUCAAAUACAAAACACCACUGACUGUUCGCAAUAUCAACACGUUCGUCGACGAACAAGCUAUUGACGAUGCCUGUAACCCACUUCGAAGUGACCGAAAGAAUUCACCUCAACGAGCGCCGCACGGCCUCUAUACCGAGAAGCUGUCUGGCACCGCCUUCACAAGCCCUCGGCACGAGAAUCAACAGUCAUGGCUGUAUCGCAUCCUUCCCACGUCGAGCCACGAUAACUUUGAACCUGUAGCGGAAACUUCAGAACAAGUUCUUCCCUCUCCCUCUCCAAGUUUCGGCAAACAUUUCAACGCCAUCCCAAACCAACUACGAUGGGAUCCUUUCGACUUCGACAAAGAAGCAUCCUGGAUCCGCUCGUUGCAUCUGGUCGCAGGAGCUGGAGAUCCGACCAUGAAACAAGGUAUUGGCAUGUACAUCUACACUGUGGGGUCGGAUAUGCCGGAGAAGAGUGCAUUUUACAGUGCAGAUGGAGACUUCCUCAUCGUACCUCAGCACGGAUCGCUUGAUAUCAGAACAGAACUCGGCAACCUGCUGGUCCGACCCAUGGAAAUAUGCGUCAUCCCUCGAGGCAUUCGAUACCACGUCAAGUUGGUAAACAACGAGCCAGCUCGAGGAUACAUCCUGGAACUCUACCAGGGUCACUUUCAGCUGCCUGAACUAGGUCCCAUCGGCUCAAAUUGUCUGGCCAAUGCAAGAGACUUCCAGAUCCCCAAAGCCUCCUUCAUUGAGGACUACGAAAACACCGCAUGGACUGUCUACGGUAAAUUCGACGGCAAAUUGUUUGAAGCCAAACAGCAUCACACUCCCUUUGAUGUAGUCGCAUGGCACGGUCUGUACUAUCCAUACAAGUAUGACCUGGGACGAUUCAAUACCAUUGGAUCUAUUUCGUUUGAUCAUCCCGACCCAUCAAUCUUCACAGUCCUGUCAGCACCGUCACUUCCCCAUGGACAAGGUACUGCUGUCGCAGACUUUGUCAUUUUCCCUCCACGAUGGCUAGUGGCAGAAGGUACUUUCCGCCCACCAUGGUAUCACCGAAACACAAUGUCAGAAUUUAUGGGUCUGAUUGCUGGUAACUACGAUGCCAAGGGUGCUGGCAAAGGAGGAUUCCAGCCUGCUGGGGCAUCACUACACAAUACCAUGAGUGGGCACGGACCUGAUAUGCAGACCUACGAGAAGGCGAGCACGAUGGAGCUGACCCCUGCCAAAGUCGGCGAGGGCAGCAUGGCUUUUAUGUUUGAAAGUUGUCUUAUGGUUGGCGUUACUGAAUGGGGCUUGAAGACUUGUGCUAAAGUCCAGGAGGACUACAAUGCACACAGCUGGACACCACUGAAGGUUCAUUGGAAGAACCCCAACUCACGAGGUGUCAGCAAUGGUGAGCAAAAGAACGGCGUUGGCGAUGGCAAGGAUGCCAGCAGUAUUCAUGUGACUAAAUAG